AUGAACGAACCGACUUUAGAAGAAGCAGAGGAAAAUGCAUUUCAAGUUUUGUUAUGUGUAGAUGGAAGCAAAAAUGCCUACCAAGCUUUCAAUUAUUAUGUUUCUUGUAUUCAUAAACCAAGAAACAAAGUAUUUCUGGUUCAUGUCACGAAUAUGGUCUACCCAUUAGAUUAUACAUACACUGGGGCAAUAUACGACCCUCCAGGAGGAAUAAACCCGUCACCAGCAGUGGCAAGUCAAUUCAUGGAAAACGAAAAGAAAAAAAGCGAAGAGAUAAAAGCUAAAUACAAUGCAAAGUGUGAAAAACACGGGAUUUCACACGAAUUCGUUCUUCUGUCAGAGAAUAAUAACGGUAUCGGCGCGCCAAUUGUUGCCGAAGCUAAGAAAAGAGGAGUGGAUAUGAUUUUGCUUGGUAACCGAGGACAAGGUCUUGUUCGGAGAACGAUACUUGGAUCCGUUAGUGAUUAUGUACUGCACCAUUCACAUGUUCCGACUCUAAUUUGCCCGAGGAAUGCAUAG